AUGCUCUCCGGCAAAGAUGCCAGUCCAAUUGGACGGGAGAUCAGCGAACCCCCAGAUGAUCAGGAACGAGACGACCUGGGGUCUGGCCACAUCCAAUGCUCCAUUUGUAGUAGCACUUUCCGACGACCGGAGCAUCUGAAACGACAUUUGCGCAGUCACACCAAGGAGAAACCCUUCGAGUGCGCUCAGUGCGGCCGACACUUUUCUAGGACGGUUGCAGCGAUACUCUCCACCGACACGAACUGA